GCACGUACCUUACAAACGCGCUUUUCUAAUUUGUACGUAUUUAGUUUUCUGAUGGCGCCACGAUCAACGGCAGUACACAUUGCCGUUUACUCUGGAGUCGAGGUUUAUGAAUGUUUCAUUAAAGGAGUGUCGGUUAUGCGCAGGCGCGGAGACUCAUGGUUAAAUGCAACACAAAUACUUAAAGUUGCUGAUUUCGACAAACCGCAAAGGACACGUGUGUUAGAAAAAGAAGUUCAAAUUGGGACUCAUGAAAAAGUACAAGGUGGAUACGGGAAAUACCAAGGCACUUGGGUACCUUAUGAACGCGGAGUGGAUCUGGCCACUCAUUAUAAUGUUCUUGAAAUAAUGGGUCCAAUAUUAAACUUUGAGAUCACAGAAGAUGAUCCUCCUGCUCAGAAAAAGCGACCUACGAAACAGAAACGACCGUCCACCAGGGGUAGAAGAGGCCGUAAACCUGCUUCACUAUCAAAUGCUACCAAUCAUCAAGUUCAAGAUAGCUUUGAAUCCUCUCCUGCCUCACCACUCGCAGCUCCAACUACAAGUAACUUAUCGAGUACUGCGGAGGAACCGGCAUCAGUAACUCCUUUACCACCUUCUCCGUCAACUACGUUGUUGUCUCCAAAUGAAGUUAUUCAAAAGGAGGACGAAUCUAGCAUUUUAGAUACUCCAUUGGAUAAGUAUGAAGAGUCACUUUUAGAUUUCUUCUUGCAUCCCGAAGAAGCACGAAUUCCGUCAUUUUUAUAUUCUCCUCCUCCGGAUUUCCAAGUCAAUAGUGUAAUUGAUGAUGAUGGUCACACAUCUUUGCAUUGGGCGUGUUCUAUGGGACAUAUUGAGAUGAUCAAGUUGCUUCUAAGGGCUAAUGCUGACAUCGGUGUCUGUAAUCGAUUAAGCCAAACACCUUUAAUGAGAAGUGUUAUAUUUACAAAUAAUUACGACUGCCAGACUUUUCAGCAAGUUUUAGAUUUACUUCAAUCAACAAUCUAUGCUGUAGAUGCAUAUGGACAAUCAAUCCUUCACCAUGUUGUGCGUUCGACAUCUACGCCUUCAAAAGUUAAUGCUGCGAAGUAUUAUUUAGAUUCUGUUCUAGAAAAACUAGUUUUAAUCCAACCUUUUGAAAAUGUUGUUCGUCUGGUUAAUUUACAGGAUUCAAGUGGUGAUACUGCAUUACUGAUAGCAGCUAGAAAUGGAGCAACGGAGUGUGUCAAUUCUCUUUUGAGCUAUAAUGCCAAUCCUUCUAUUCCGAACCGACAGCGUCGGACUGCUUCUGAAUAUCUCAUGGAAACAGAUAAGAAAUCGCAAGCAAUAAUGCCCUCCUCUAAUGGUAACUCAUUACGAAACGGGUUUUCUUUCUCCUAUUUUUCACCGACAAUUAUAGUACCUUCUUGUUCUUCGCAUGCUUUCGGUAAGGCUAUACCUUCUAUUUCAGAAAAGUUUUCAGAGCUUGCUGAAGAAUAUGAAAUACGCCUUCGGGAAAAAGAAGAUGCUUUAGCACGAGCGAAUCGUUUGAAGCAAGACACUCAUAGCGAAAUCGCCCGAACUUAUCAGGAGCUUGCACAAUUGCAGAGGAAAGACCCUGAUAACUUGGUUACUUUAGAGCAGUUAAAUACGGAAGAACAAGAUAGGUGUCGAAGUAUGUCUUUAGAAUUACAAGCCUGGAUAGAACAAAGGCAAAUCUUUGAUCUGAAUGAGUCAAUUAGAAAAACAAGGGCUUCUAUGAACGAUUUGGAAGUUGGAUCUGACGUUGAAGAUAAGGCUUCUUGGGAUAAUAUUAAACAAAAAUAUGGAAGCAUAGACGAGCGUAGCACACUUUUGAACCGAUUAAGCUUAUUACAAACUUCAAGGAAAAAAAUGUCUUUGCAUAUAAGCAAGCAAUACGAAGAAAUGGGCAUUGAUGAUACAGUCAACAAUUACCGUCGGCUUAUUGCUAUGAGCUGUGGAAUAAAUCCAGAAGAGCUAAGUCUCGAAAUUUUAGACGCAGUCGAGGAAGCCUUGACUCGUGACAAGUGAUUGAAUUAUUUGGCAUCAUUUAUGUUCAUUUUACGUUUCAUGCUACUCUUAUGAUCAUCUCUAUUUAUGAAUUUCUUGAUGUUGCAUUUCUUAUUUAUGAUUAUUUUACCUUGAUUUUCGCAUCCGUUACUUACUGUUGACAUUCUUUUACGGUAUAGUUUGUGCAAACCUCUCAUAAUAUAGCUUCUAAUAUUGGUUUCAGAUAUAAUUUUCUCUCUGUCUAAUGUAUCUGCCUUUUACAUGAAUGAAUCCAC